GUCGAAUCACAUCGUCACUUCCUCCAAUGUGAAUGAGGAAGUGGAAUCAUAACGUCACUUCCUCCAAACAACUCUUGGACUAUUUUCUUGAGAAAUGGUUGAUUUUGCGUAUCUAAUUGGGUUGUUCGAGUGUAACAUGCUUCCACUCUGCCAGGCGAAGCGCUAAAAGAGUCGUCUUGCGGGUCACUUUGUGGCAGCAAACUUUGACUUCGUACUGGUUUGGAAUCGCCAAGUGUAAAUAUUGUGACUAGUAAACAAAGAUGAUGGAAGUGGCACUGAAAGGCAGAGCCAAGAGGCGACAUUUGAAUGCAGAAGAGCUGGCAAGAAGUGCAGAAGGAGUCCAAGUCCUCAUCCAUCCUCUACACACAACAACAACCUGCAACCUGCAGCCAGGGACAACUGCCAAGAGAAGGAAAUGUGCAGGAGGGGUGUCUAGCUACGGGCAGCAAUCAGCAGAGGACAGCACUGAGGAGGAGGACUGGAGCCCAGCUGCCGAGGAGAGGCAGUCUGACCCAGAGGAGAUGGACUAUUUGGAGGGAAUCACGGCGGAGAUGUUCGAUGACGAGUUUGACGGUUCUGAUGGCACGGUGCCGGAGGUGGAGCCUCUGCCCGACGCCACCUACGGGCUCCUGGGCAGCAGUAAGGAACUGCAGCAGCCGCGGGGUCACAUCCACGACCUCCCUGAGGAGGUGCUGAGCCAGGUCCUCAGCCUCCUCCCUGCCCAGGACCUCUACAGGAGCGCCGUGCUGGUCUGCCAGCGCUGGCGCAACAUGGUGGAGGACGGCAAGUUCAUGCCCUACAAGAAGAGGUACUACCGCUACAUGAUGGAGGAGGAGGACACGGUCUACCACGUCACCGUCUCUCUCAAAAACUGCGGCAUACUUCUUCCAGCGGUGUCACCGCUCGGCAUCCGAAACCUUGUCAUUUCAAUGGCACACCAUAGGUUUGGUGAGAGAGUGCAUCCAGAAGACGUCCUGGGGUGUGUGAAGAAACAUCGCCUUUUCCCGCACGCCGAGGCCUCCAUUAGGUUACGCAUCCGUAAUGUUCCCAAGUGCAAACACCUUGAGACUGAGGCUCCCAACCCCUUUGCAGCCAUGGCGGUGAUCCUGCUCCUGGCUGAGAGCGUGGCUGACGUGCAGACUUUGGUGUCUUUGCUGAGUGGCGUGGUGUCACACCUGGCCAUCACAGAGUACCUCAGCCACAUGGCCAUGGUGUUGCUGGCAGCCAAGAGGAACCGAGUGAAGAUCAGUGACAGAUUGCAUUACAACAUCUACUAUGUGCUCCAUCUGAUGGAGAAUGGACCAUUUUAUAUCAGCGCCUCACCUGGCAGGGCCGCUGACAUGACCAUGACGUCCGAGCAGCUACAGAUCCUCAGCCACCACAUCCAGAAGGAGCACACGGUGAAGAUUGUGGCCUUUGCAGGUACGGGGAAGACCACCACCCUGGUGAAAUACGCCGAACAGCGGCCACACCUCCGCUUCCUGUACGCGGCCUUCAACAAGUCGGUGGCCAGGGAGGCCUCGCAGCGCUUCCCCAGGAAUGUGGACUGCAAGACCGUCCACUCUCUGGCCUACGGAGAGACCGGCAGGAUGUACCAAAAGAAGCUGGCCUUUAACCUCAACGCCUUCUCCAUCAACGGGGUCCUGCCCAAGGGCCGGGGGGGAUUCACCAGGUCCAAACUGAUCGCCAACACUCUCAACAACUUCAUGGCUUCAACGGACGAGACCAUCACGGUGGCUCACGUGCCGGCCAAUCAUGUCAGUCUUCGACGCCUGGUCAAGAUUGUAAGCCAGGAGGAAAAACUGUUGUACGUCCAAGAGGCGCAGAGGAUUUGGAGCAAAAUGAAGGACGUCAAGGAGACGGACAACAGAGCCUAUCACAUGGUACACGAUGGUUACCUUAAGCUAUGGCAGCUGAAAGGCUCAACAACCUGCCUCUCUGACCAAUACGACGUCCUUCUCAUCGAUGAAGCCCAGGACUGCACUCCAACAAUCAUGGACGUGCUGUUGAAACAAAAAUGUGCCAAAAUGGUGGUGGGAGAUCCUCACCAGCAGAUUUACACCUUCAGAGGAGCGGUCGAUGCGCUGACAACUCAGCACACACACAUCUACUAUCUAACACAGAGUUUCCGCUUUGGGGCAGAGAUCGCCUACGUGGGUGCCACCAUCCUCAAGGUGUGCAAGAAAGUCCACAAGAUUCUGGUGGGAGGACGACAGGAAGGGGGUGUGUUUGACGACAAGGCCGCCCAGGCUGCUCAAGAUGUAGCAAGUGGCAAGACUCCUGGCAAGGGGACAAGCGCCAUCUUGUCCAGAUGCAAUCUAACCAUGUUCAGUGAAGCCGUGCGCUUGACCGAGGUCAACACGGAGUGCAGCAUCCACUUUGUAGGCGGUGUGGACAACAUGGGCUUGAGUAAGAUCAAAGACAUUUGGUACCUGAUGGAAGGCAAAGACAAUCGUAAAUGUGAGUCACCACUUCCUGUGGGUGAGGAAUACAUCCGCUCAUUCUUUUCUUUUCCUCUCACAACAGUGAUCAAGGACCACCUGGUUUGGUGCUUUUCCAGGAUCAAAAAAGAAGACCCCUUCGAGGCCCUGAAGACCUACGCCGAGCACACGAACGACCGCGACCUGGAGUCCAAGCUGAGCAUUGUGGAGAAAUACCGAUGUCGCAUCCCUGACUUGGUGAAGCGCCUCAACAAGCACUCCGAACCGAACGCCAAGAAUGCAGACUUCAUCCUGUCCACGGUCCACAAGGCCAAAGGUCUGGAGUUUGACACGGUGAUGGUCACGGACGACUUUGUGGAUGUGCCGUGCUCCAGUCACUACCGCAAGCACUUCAACUUUUCCUUCGAUCAGAUUCCCAGUGACGAGUGGAACCUGCUCUACGUGGCCGUGACUCGGGCCAAACGCACACUCAUCAUCACUAAGAACAUCCGCCGCAUCAUCACCUACGCUGGCGAAUACUUCUUAAAGUCGCAGAUGCCCGGCCCCCCCCCGCUGCAGGGGGACCAGACGCCGCCAUGCAUGGACCCCACCUGUCUCAACUGCCUCACGCCUGGCGCCGCCUUCACCAUGCACAAGAGGACCAUGACAUUUACGGGCAGUGUGGAGUCCACGGGGGGUCCGCUCUGUGAGAGGUGCGUGUGGACCCGCGUGGGCCUGGUGGCCUACCUCAUGACCGACGACGUGACCUCCAUGGCCGUGUUUCCACCGGGGCCUUUCUUCCCCGUCGUCCUUCACAUGCCCUUCUGACUUUGUCCCAGGGAGGACAUUUCAAGUGACAGAACGAUUCACUCAUUCACACCGCAGAGACCACACGUGUGAGUAACACUUUACGUCUGAUAAUAAUCCCACAAGUUGUUUGUGGUGAAUUCAACUUUUUAUACGUUUUCUAUUGAGGACCGACCACGCAAAAUCACCUUUUAAGCGCAACAUUUUUGGACAGACUUCAACCAUUUGUAAUGAAAUGAACUCUUUAGAUCAACAUAUGCUGUACAUAUUUAUGAUGAUCAGGUUGUUAUCUAAUGGACUUUGUUGUUUCC